AUGCACACCCAUAGUGUUGUUCUUGGUUUCGCCCCUGCUAAUUAUGAUGGUUCUACAAUUGGGGAGAAGAUUAUACCUCUUGAUUUUUCUGGAUCAAAUCAAUCUGAACUAUAUGGGAAAUAUACUUGGAAGAUUGCGAAAUAUUCAGAAAUCAACGAAGAUAGUUUCCGUAGUGGUUCUUUUCAUGUUGGUGGCUACGAAUGGUAUAUUUUAAUACAUCCACAACGGCGUGAUGUAGACAACCAUCUCUCUUUGCAUCUCUGUGUUGCAAACCAUAAAAAACUUUGUCCGGGCUGGAGUAAUUUUGUUCAGUUUACUAUAGCUCUUGUGAAUAAAGAUCCAAAGAAAUCGAUAUAUACAGAUACAAUACACCUGUUUGGGAAGAUAGAGUAUAAUGUUCAAAAGAAAACCAGGACGGUGGCACAUAACUGGGGAUGGGAUAUGUUUAUAGAGUCACCCAAAUUACAGGAAGGGUACAUUGAUGAUUUGGACUCUCUUAUCAUUAAGGCUCAAGUUCAGGUGAUCAGAGAGGAGGUGGACAGACCUUUCCGCUGCCUUUCUAGUCAGUACAGGAGGGAACUAGUUAGGGUAUAUUUGCCAACUGUAGAGUACAAUUGUGGGCAGUUUAUGAGAGACAAAAUAAUCAGUUUUGGUAGGCUGAUCCAAGACAAGGAGAAUUGGCAAAGCUUUCGUUCCUUCUGGUCACGGUUGGACCAAAACACAAGGCGUAAGAUGUCUCGAGAUAAAAUGGAUGUGGUUCUAAAUUUAGCUGCAAAAAUCUUCUUUGUCAUGAAGCAAGGUGCAACGACUUUGAUGAUGGAUUCCUUGUACAGUGGGUGGAAGGCUAUUGAAGGCCAAACUAAGACGAAGGAUAACGUAGAAUUUCCAGAUGGCCCAGCUUCAAUUGUUAGCGUGGACCAAGAUAUGUUUGUAUUAGAGGAUGAUCUGUUAUCACUCAUGCAGAAGACUGUUAUGGCACCAUUUCCUAUAAAUGAAGAAAAGGUUAGUUUCACAUGCUAUGUUUUGAGGAAUGAUGAAGAGGAAUACAAUAAAGAAGCCAUAAUGCGUGAUGAGAGUCGUCUAACUGAGGUUGGUAGGCAGACUAUGGAGAUACUUGCUCUUGCACAUAUAUACGGCAACAGGGUUGAUGUUGCAUACAAAGAACAUAUGGCAUUGAAAAGGCAAGAACAACUUAUUCGCGAAGAAGAGGAAGAGAAGGCCAAAAGGGGAACAACCGAAAAGAAGACAAAAUCGAAGAAGAAACAGGCAAAAAAGAAAAAGAACAAAAAGGAGAAAGGGGAAGAAGACAAAGUGGAUACUGAGAAAGAGGAAAGUGUGAGAGCGGAAACAGAAUCAUCAGCUGAGAAACCUGACACACUUGGAGACAACAGCCCUGUUGAAUGUGAAUUAGAUGCCUCUGAGAUAAAACAUUCCCCAUCAGGGGGAAGAAGCAGUUCCAUAUAUCUACCUAGUGGAGGCAGAGGGAGAGGCAGUUCCAUAUCUUUACCUAAUGAAUCUGCUCGAUCAGGGGUAGGCAAAGGGAAGGUUUUAAACUUUCAAAGCAAGAUUUGGCGUAGAAAAGAAAAAACGCAACCGAGAAAAGCAUCUGGUGCCAACAGCUUAGCCACUGAAACAGAGGACCAACCUUCCAGACAUCCAUCUAACCCUAAGAGUCAAAGCCAUUCUUCUGAGUCACGCAGAGUUGGUGAAGCUGACGUGGUUAAAACACUGAAACCAAGGGAGCAUAAUCCUGUUAGCAAGGAUCGUGGCACGGUUCAGACGCAAGAAAAAAGCCCUGCUGUGUUUUCCCCACUCAAAGCUUCUCCCUUGAAUUUCCCAUCUGUAGCACAAGCAAAACCGGAGAAAAGGGAUGUUUUCAGUGUAGACACCAUUCCAAAUAAGAAACCAAUACCUGCUGGACCACCGUUGUUAGAUCAAGCAUCACCAUCUCGAGAUAUCCAGUUCCGAACUUAUACGACGCGUUUCACUAUUUCAGGCAACCGAAUCAAUGAAAGUCGCCAUCACACGAGUAGCGCUUAUGCAAUCGCAAAAUCGGUUACGCGGCCGUUGAACAAGGAUGCUAACUAA